GCUGAGGCGCCGGCGCACGAAGCCGCCUCGGGUUGGGAGCCGGGGCCGCUGCCGCCGCCAUGGCGUCUACCGCCGCCUUGCGCUGGCUCCACUGGGGCGCGUGCCUGCUGCUGCUGGCCGGGCCCGCCGCCUCGUCUUCCUCUUGGGCCAGCCCAGCGGAGAAGAGCGGCGGCGGCGGCGGGGCGAGGGCGGCGGGUGGCCGCGGCAGGGAUGCCGACCCCGGCGGGGCCCAACCUGACGAGCAGCACCAGCACGACUCCUCGUACGGCACCUUCGCCAGCGAGUUCUACGACAUGCGCUUCCUCUCCGACGAGGGUUAUCCUUUCCCUACUGCUCCUCCAGUGGAUCCAUUUGCAAAAAUUAGAGUGGAUGACUGUGGGAAAACAAAAGGAUGCUUUAGGUAUGGUAAACCAGGAUGUAACGCAGAGACUUGCGAUUACUUUCUUAGCUAUCGCAGAAUAGGAGCUGACAUAGAGUUUGAGUUGAGUGCUGAGACAGAUGGCUGGGUAGCUGUGGGAUUUUCCUCUGAUAAGAAAAUGGGUGGCGAUGAUGUCAUGGCCUGUGUUCAUGAUGACAAUGGAAGAGUCAGAAUACAUCAUUUCUACAAUGUUGGUCAGUGGGCAAAGGAGAUCCAGAGGAAUCCUGCCAGAGAUGAAGAAGGUAUUUUUGAAAACAACCGUGUAACAUGUCGAUUCAAGCGUCCUGUGAAGGUUCCCAGGGAUGAAACUAUUGUAGAUCUUCAUCUGAGCUGGUACUAUUUAUUUGCUUGGGGCCCAGCAAUUCAGGGUUCUAUAACUCGGCACGACAUUGACUCUCCACCUGUCUCAGAGCAUGUGGUCAGUAUUUACAAGUAUGAAGAUAUUUUUAUGCCAUCAGCUGCCUAUCAGACCUUCUCUUCUCCAUUCUGCUUGUUGCUAAUCGUUGCAUUGACAUUUUAUUUAUUGAUGGGAACCCCAUGACGGCAGUGAAGAAACCAUUUGUUAGCUCAGGACAGGAGCUUUUUCUGUUGGAACUGGUAUCACUGGACACUUAGUUAUUCAAUGACAGCUUGAACUCCUUGGAUGACUGAAAUAAGUGAACUCGCUGUUGCCUGAGCCAUAGAUGUGUGCCAAAUAAUCAUAACAUUUGAAAAUAAUCAAGGAACAGUUGUAACUGACUGAACAUUUUUAGUAAAUAUAUAGGUUGUUUCAUGAGAGAUUUAGUCUGUGUUCCUAUUUCUUACAAGGGAGUAAAUCCAAAGAACACAGUGUUACUUCUAAGUAAAUAUACAAACGAUUGCACUGUUACAACUAUGGGUGUGAUGGUGGCAUAUUAUGAGAAGCAUGUACAAUUCCAUUUCCUAACUAAAUUGCAUUUCAUUGAAAAAAUAAAAAUUAGAGAUGUAUCAUAUUCUAUGAGGUUAUUUAGGUAACAUGUGGGAAUAUUUAAACAGUUACACUUUAGGUAACUGAUUCCAAAGUCAGAAUAAUUUUAUUUAAUAAAGUUUUUAACUUACCAAGCAAAAUUGUGUAUAGGCUUAAAUAUUUUCAGGGCUCCAAAACAAGCCAUCAUUAAAAUUAUCUUUUUGAAAAUGCUAUAAAAUAAUUAACAUUCUGUAUAAAAUGUGACUUUGCUAUCUGAAGAAGCCACCAACAGACCAGUUUAAGAAAGUGGCUGCAUUUCUACUGGUUUCUUAAGAAACUAUGCUCCUGGUAAGGGGGAGUAGUGUCAGUAAGUCAGUGUGAUGUAGUGGUUAGAGUGUUGGACUGUGACCUGGGAGACCAGGGUUCAAACCCCCACAUAGCCAUGAAGCUCACUGGGUGAUCUUGGGCCUGUCACUGCCUCUCAGCCUCAAAGGAAGGCAAUGGUAAACCCCGUCUGAAUACCACUUACCAUGAAAACCCUAUUCAUAGGGUUGCCAUAAGUCGGAAUCGACUUGAAGGUAGUACAUUUACGUUUUUUAAGGGCAGCUGAGAGAUUGUUUGGAUUCUCUGGAACUUCCUUUCUCUGCAGGCAGAGAAGGAAGCCCACCCACACUGGCUGCCUUGUUGUAGUGAUGGAAAUCUCUACCACCAUUGCUCCUGCACUGUUGUUGCUCUGACAGGGAUAGGGGCUGAAAAGGGCAUGACAGAUUGGAGAAGGCCUUCGGUCAGCAGAAACAAAGGUCCUCUCAUUCCCCAAUGAGGGAGAAAAACUACACCAGCCCUGUGUUGGCAUAAGUAAUUUCCUCUCCCAUUGAAGUGAAAUAUUUUAAUAAGUCUUGACAGAGAAAAAAAGAAAAGAAAAAAAGGCAUUCACCCCCACCUGUGGCCCUGGCUAACACAAGCCCAGUAGGGCCUGGGAAGUGAUAGCUCCUCUACCCAUAGAUCCUUCCCCCGGCCUCCCCCAAAUAUUCUGCCCAUAGACAAAACUGCCAUUGGAAAGGUUUUCAUACAAGUAUACAAGAAAGUGAAAAUAAUAGCUAAGUUUCCAGUAUGAGAGCACAUUUUCUGGAAAAAGCACUAUACGAGGUAACUUAAAAGAUGUUUAUAUGUGUGUAUAUUUUGACACAAUUUGUGUUCAGUUUCUUACGUAUGCAUAAAUAUGAAGUAAGUGAAUGAAGAAAAAUACCUUCUUAUUUUGUAUUUUUCCUUAAAUUGAAAUGAUGUCUCCAAGAGUAAGGAAAUAUAAUUUGUUGUAGACAUGGAAUCAAUAGAAAGUAAAUGAAGGAGCCACUUGUUCCUCAGAACCAUGAAUUAACUAAAAAGGAAUUCCAAUGUGUAUUUCUACAAAAUUCAUGGAAACAUAAAAAGAGGUUGGUAUUAUGUCAGAUUUACUAUGUGAAAUAUAAGUGCCAAA